GUAUUUUCUGUAGUUAACGGAGCGGUCACGCUGAUUAGCAAUAAACACAAUUUGGUUAAAUUAGUGUAACAAAAACAAAAACAUAAAACAAAUGCAGUGAUUGGGAUUCUAGCUGCACACAGUCGCGUCGGAACAGCAAGGAUACACGCAGGACGUGUGGACGCGGCACAAGAUGAUGGGCAAAUGCUGCAUUGGGGCACUCUGGCCACUGGCCAUUUUGGUGGCCUCAGCCACUGCCUACAAGAACGUUCGCCUCCAGGACAACAUGUGCUCGGACAAGCUUUUCUACACACUGGCCAAGCCCUUUCGGGGCGAUCCCACGGUGCGGCUGGAGUUCGAGGACACCUCCGGAGCAAUCGUGACCCAGAUGUGGAAUCUGACACUGCCUCAAGGCCAUGCGGCCAACAAGAUCAAGUACGACUGCCAGUUCCGGGUGCUGACCAGCGAUCGACCCCCGCGCGGCAUCUACACCAUCAUCACACGGCUCAAGUUCCGACGCGAUCCCGUGUCCAAGGAGUGCAUCGACUACAUCCAGUUCAGUAGUGGCAACCGAUCGCCCAGCGAGCGCAUCUGCAAUGAUAUCUCCAUUGACGGCCCCGCUGGACGUUUGAUCUUUGACCAGCGCGACCGCGAGGUCAACGUGCACAUCUUCAUUGAUCGAACGCGCCACAUACUGGGUGACCCGCUGGAGCUUCGCAUGGUACUAACGGCCCACUCCGAGUGCCAGUUCAACGGGGACUUCCUCUGCGAUCCCGGCGACCAGUACUCGUGCAUCUCGCGCCACUUUGUGCGGGACAACAUCACCAACUGCCUGUAUCCGUGCCGGGACGAGGGCACCUGCUUCCACGACGCCAUCGUGCCGGAGGAGAUCGAUACGGCCAAUGUGGCCAUCUCGGCGCUCACGUCGCUCAUCUUCACCAUGCUGGGCGUGGGCUUCUGUGUGUGGAUCUGCUGGAAGUACUGGAACUGCAUAACAGUGCAGCAGCGGGCGCAUGAGGCCUCCGCAGCCCGCUUUAACCAGCGACGAGUUAGAUCGGAUGUGCCCACCAUUGAGCUGCCACCAACGGUGCAGUACGAUGAUAGCGUCCUGCAUGAGCACGAUUCCCAGCAGCAACAACAGCCGGCCACGCCCAAGGAUCUACCGCCCAGCUACGAGUCCCUCUUUCCGGAAAGAUAAAGAUCCGCGGCUGAUGUCGCUCCGCUUUGUGCCAGAUCAGCAAGUACUUGGUACCGCACACUUGUUGUAUUAGUCCUAUUAGGUAAUUGUAUCUCUAUCUGAACAGAUCAGCAUUCCAUGUAAAUAUGUUAGGACUGAUUUUAUGUUUUGUGAUCAGCGUUAGCGAUCAAACAUCACCCUUGUCGAUGUGUUCACUUCGAACCAAAUCCGAGAAUACUCUCCUUGGAAUUUUCCAGUUUUACUGAUGUAUAUAUUUAAGUUUUAUGUUCUUCAACUCUCUGUAUUAUUUUAGUAUUUGUAACUGUUGAAUCCGCCUUUUGGCGACGCAAAUUGUUUACUCACUGAUGAAAUCUCACUGGUAUUAUCGUACUCGAUGAAAUUAUAUCAAUUAUUUACCUAGGCAGCAAUUAUUUAUAAGCAAAAGCAAAAGCCACACAGUACUAGUCUGUAUUAGCUAGCGUAAAUAUUCCAAGGGCCAGCCAGGACCUCCUUGGCAGAGCAUUCCACAUAGUUGUACCUGUUUCUGUACUGCAAAGAUAUAUGUUAUGUAUUUGUACGCAUAGAAUACCACGCGCUUGUAGAUGUCCUUGUUGUGUGCUGGCCGAAAGUGUCAAUUGUUCAAUCCAGAGUAUUAUAUGUAGGCACACACGCUCACAAGAUUAUGUACGAACUACAGUAUUUACUCCAAAACAUGUAACUGCAAUGUAACUGAAAGAUCGGAGUCGUGGUCAGUAGGUCUUAAGCCAAUUAACUCAUAUGUAUACACACGCAACUCACUCAAAUACGUAUAUUAACUGAUAAAUAAACCAACUAAAUCUCA